AUGCAUCUAGCUCUGCCCAUAUAUCUAAGGUAUUUUAAAACUUCUGGCUCUUUAGAAAUGGUUUUCUUAUUAGAUCAUGGAUUUGUAUUAAAUUGCUUUGAUUUCUCUUGCAGUGUCCUUUUGAUUGGCUGUGUCAUUGCUGGAGGUUCCUGGUGUGCCAAAAUGGCAAGAGGUACUCUGUGCAUGUCCUAAAUGUUGUUGCUUAAUGUCAUAUUUCGGCGUAAGAUACUUACACUAACAUUUCUGUUUUGUUGCCGUCUUUCCACUUCAGCCCGUGCAGCUGCCAUGGGUUUGGACCUCCCUAGGACCCAGUUUGUCCCUUACCAUCUUCGACCAACACGCCAUGGGAGUUUUGAUCCCAUAAGAAACCACUGAAAAUAAUGAUGGCCCCAAAGAGGCUGAGUUUCAGCACAAUGGUAAAAUCCAAGGGGAUGGAUAUCCAAGUGACUGGGCCUAUGAACAAGUCUUCCCCAGAGGCUUUCAACCCAAACCGUCUACACUAAACCACUACGGUUCUGAUCCCAGUUUGGCUGACUCCUCUGUCAGCCAUUCUUCCCACACUCCCAGGGGAGAGUUUAUUAGCAGCCACAAGCCCAACUUUGAUCAGGUGAAGAAUUCUGCGCCUCGACCAAAUGUAAUGGUAGCCCCUGGUCAGUUUGAGUACUCAGAGAAAGUGGACAUUCGAGGUUACUAUAAGCCUAUUGUAGUUCAGCCUGUCCCCAGCAGACAUGGAAUAGCCCAGAGUGGGGUUUCACGACCCCAGGAUUAUGGUGCUGUACCCUAUGGAAAAAGUAUCCUAUGGCCCUGGCCUCAGUAG